AUGCCCUCUAGCUCGUAUCUGCACAAAGGUGGGAAUAUCAAGAAGCUUGACAGCAAAGGAAAUGAGAACAUUUCCAUCGUAUAUCGCAUUCUCAACGUCAUCCCAACAACUGGCUACCUACGGAAUGGCAUCCUGCACGUCACCCCCGGUAGAUGGAAUAAUAUUGCUUUUCACACUUGCAUGCUCCCCUUCAAGAAGGUAGGCGCUACAUCUACCCAAUGCAUCCGUAGACUCACAUUCGGUGGAUCGGCACAGCGCAGUCAGCGAGAUUUGGCUCCCGUUCCCACCAACUCCGUUGAACAUGUGCCCCAUGCAUGGAAGACAUAUCCCAGAUGGAAGGACAUGGCGGCCCUUGGUGGCACUCAGACAUCAAGGGUAUCAUCCUAA